AGCACCAGGGUGGUGCCAAUAUCAGAUAUCGUGAACCGUAUCGCACCGAAGGAUGUCAGACCUGAAGGGAGAGACUCGUGUCUGCUGCAGUGGAUCGGUGAGGGUGCCAUCCCCUGUACACCAGAGAUUCCUCGGCAACGACUCAGAAAAAAGUCCUCUCGGCAGAGUAGUGUGGAUGAUCUGAUGAAGCUGGCCCGGCAGUUUGAUGAAAACAUGCAGCAAGACACGGACACUUCAGAACAGUUCAACCCUGUGAAAAAUGAACCUGAUGAAUGUGGGAACGCUUCUGAAGCAGAACUGGCACGGCCACCAUUUUCGGGCCCUGCAAAGCACCAGAAGUAUCCGUCGUCGGCCGAACAGGUGGAGGCUGAGCUGCACGCUUUGUUUGACUCCUCCACUCAAGGAAUCAGUGGGCGGCUGAGCGAGUGCUCUGCAACGUUGGCCGAUUUACAGGAAAUGAAAGACCGAUCUGUGACCGUGGCUUCAAGUAAACGACAACAGUCGGCGCUCAAGUCCAGUGACGGGUUGGCCUCAGCUGGAAAUAAGGGAUCCUGUGGUUCUAAUGCAAAUAACUGUGAUGACUUUGAAGAUGACUGGGAAAAUGAUGACUUACUAAAUGACUCUUUUGUGCUUGCAAUGACCCAGAAUCCCAUCGAGCAACACGACUCCAGUACCAAAGCUACUUCCCACCCUCACACUAAGACAAAUACAGCACAGUCUGCAGCUCUCUGCAAGCCGGCUGCUUCCACAGACUCUGCUCCUCAGUCAUCGAACACAAGCCCCAAACCAAACCACAGUGCACUGCAGGAGCUGUGUCCCAAAACAAAGACAAUCAACCGAAGCACUUUCAAGUUACAGCCUAACCCUUAUUUUCAAGCCAAGGAAGUUUCAAAGUCCGGCUUCACUGCCGCACAGCCCAAAAUGCACACGUCUCACCAGAACUCCACCACUACGAAGACAUCCUCCGCUCCUCGGGUUGAUGGGAUCCCUAACCAACACGGCGGUGCUCAUUCAGGGGCGGAAUCCGCUAAAGACAUUUCAAAUAGCCUGUGGGACGACGGGGAUGACGAUGCUCUGCUCUACCAGGUAUGUGACAACAUGGAAAAGAUCUCCAACACUCAGCCACAGCAGACGAGUUCCACCAGCCGCCAAGGUUUUGCCACGGAGAGAGGAAGGCGAAGCACGGAGCCUCUGCCAAUCGACACGGCCUGGCCCACGGGCGCCGGUGCCAGCGCUAACAGACAGCCGUCAUGUGCUUCAGUCCUUUCUAACUCAUUACCAGGGACUAACUGUGAAGCUACAACCUACCAGGGAUGGAACAUUCCCAUGAAAGGCUCCAGCAACAAAUCUCACAUGUCUCAGAGUUUCCCAGGAAGCCACACAAAUCUUGGCACAUUUAGCCAGCGUGAGGAUUCCUCUGGAAAUUUCCAGGCUGGAAAUGCCAGUGUGGAAGUGAAGCUACGAACGGUGACACCCAGAGCGCAUCGGGGCUCGGAGUCAACUCAGACGGCUUUCAAGAGGAACGUGUCAGACUCAGCAGCCACAUGCAGCAAAGUUUUUGUCACAAGCCAGACAAAAGGGAAGUGCACAGCAGCCGAGAUCGAGAGGAAAAAACAGGAGGCCCUGGCCAGGAGGCGACUGCGACUGCAGAAAGCUUCACAGCACAGAGCAGCUCCGUGAUGGGGAAAUGCUUGAAACGGAUUAUUUGGUGCCUUACAUUUAACCUCCUCCUUGUGAUGAUAUCAUAUUGAAAGAUCAGUCCUGAAUCAGCCGAUUCUGCUUUAUUUACAUGACUUUCUACACAAACGAUAAAAUAUAUCGCUGAUUAAAGAGAUCUAAUGUUUCGUGGAGCUGCUGGGCAUUUUUGGUGAUGUUUAAGAGAAAAAAAAACAAAAAAAAAACAAAACAUGUUUACAAGAAGAGAGCUGUGUGCAGAUCUGAUGCUGGAACAACUUCAAGAGUCAGAGUUUCCUGAUCCUGCUCUCGCUGACUGAAGAGAAGUUUACAUGUACAAUGCUUGAGCAAAGUCCAAAUGCUGACUAGCACCGGUAACGUCUUUCUGUUUGUUUUUAGGGAUCGCUAUUUCAGUCCUCGAGUAGAAGAUAUUUCUGAAGAUUUUUUGCUUUUGUUUGUGAGUAAGCAGUUUGAUCUCAGUAUUUGUUUUCAGAUGGCUGCGCCGAGCGCUGAGAGACAAAACCAGCAAUGUGAUGUUGAUGAUAUUCUUUAACAAAUGCAAAGUUUACAGCAAACACUUGAAGUAUGUCAGUUUAUGACCAAUCGUGCAUUUUAAAGAUGUAAUUAUUUUCAUAACUUCCAUCACAGUAAGAGAUAAGUAACUUAAACAGUAUUCUAAGACAAUGUUCAAAAAGCUUCAUUUGAUCGACGGGGAAACAGUGGUUUUUUUCAUGCAGUGAUCACUUCCUCACUUGUUAAUUAAUCUUUUUAAUUCACGAUUUUGGAACGUCACAAUUUUCUUCAUUCACUUUUGCACAGAUCUUAAUCACAUGAAGCGAGUGGCCUUGCACACACGUGCACAGAAUUACAGUAUGUGGCAUCAUUUAAAGAAAAGUUAAAUACAGUGAACACCAUGGGAAAGUUUAGUUCUGAUAUUUAAACAAGGUGAAAGUAGAAGCAUAAUUUCAGUUGAGAUCAAUAGAUGUGUAUCGGGCGCUGCUUCAGAAAUCACUGCAGACUUGAUUGUAGUUGUUCUUUGGUCGUUCCCCUGAUA